AAACCCUGUCAAUUUGUUGCGAAGUAAACAGACUCUGAUGAAAUUUUAAUCCAGAAAAUACGUGUUACAUCAGAACCUGGCUGGAAUCAAAAUUCUGAAGAACUUCAGUAAACAAAUAUCCUUCAAUGGAGAAAUAAGAAUUAACUCUGUACAAGCGUGAAGAAGUCAAAAAUCAAGUUUUAUCAUCUGAUAUACUUUCUACGCAUUUAGUAAAAGUUCAGUACUAACUGUGUAGUUAGGUUUGAAGGUCACAUCAAAACACAACAAAAAACAAAAUGGAGGAGGUCAACAUUAGGAUAAAAAGUCCUAGUUCUGUAUCCCCCGAUCUACAUAUAACCUGUGACAUAAACAAGAACGUACUCCACCUAAAGGAGAAGAUCCAAGAGAAGUAUGAGUCCCGUCCUGCCCCUGGAGAACAGAAACUAGUCUACUCAGGGAAACUUCUCCAGGAUAAUCAACUACUACGAGAGUUCUUGAGGUUUGAAGAUGAGUGUUCCUUGUUCACAAUCCACUUGGUUUGUAAGCUUGCUCCUUCUUCAAAUACACCUUCUAGUCUUCCUACUUCUAGUCUACAGGAUGGGGUGAGAAACCGAAGCCAACCUUUGGAUCUGACCAGUGAGCUUUCAUCCCAACCUGUACUUGAACCUGUUACUCCGGAGCUAGUUGAACUUGAUUCUAUCCGUAGAACUCUUGAUUCAUUGGCAGGAACCCAGGGUAAUCUGACUCAGACUGAAGUAAAUACUAUCCAAGAACUAUACAACCAGUACAUAGCUCUGUACACACAGUACAAUACAACACCUACUAUACAUCCUUCCGAACCAGAGGAGAGACGAGAACUUUUAAACCCCCCUCCUCAUCCUCCUGCGGAGGUUCCCCAGCUACCUGGACAACCCGGAGAAGAAGUUGAACCUGGAAACAAUGAUGUACUUGACUACGCUUACGCAAUUAUCCGUGUUAUCAUCCUACUUUGCGUAAUAUACGCGCACAGUAACUUCUUCCGUCUCCUGUUUGUGGUGGGCGGUAUGGGUUUAAUCUUUAUCCUACAGGGGAGAAACAGAGUUAAUCAGGAGGUUAAUAAUAACCAGGAGAACAAUGUGAACCCACAGUUAAAUGAAGGACAGGACGAGUUAUCUCCGGAUGAGGGAGGAGCUGAAGAUAACCUGGAUGAGACUAAUAUUGAACCUAAACCUCAUAUAUUAAUGGUUGCAUUUACUUUUGUCUCCAGUUUGAUAACUUCUGUAAUUCCUGAUCACACAAACUUAAUUUAAUGUAUGACGAACCCUUAAUAAUAUUAUUAUUGUGAUAUGCUAAUUAUACUUGUUAAACCUAUAUAGAAUAUAUUUAAAACUAUAUGUAAAAUAAAUUUCUAUUAUAUUUUUA